AAAUGAUGACUGGAUACAUUAAGCAAAAACACGGUUUCAAUGUCAGUCAAAAAAGAAUUGCAAAGGCCCUGUCAACUGUUUCGCCAGCAUAUCACGCAAGACGUCAAACAGAUACCGCAAAAUCUGUUAAUCCUAUCCCUUACAGGGCUGACUAUUUUGGUCACAAACUUCAUAUAGACCAAAACGAAAAAUUAGUAAUGUACGGUACAACGCAUGUCGUAGCAUUGGACGGUCACAGUCGCUUUGUUGUUGCUGCUGCUACAAUGCCAGUCAAAAGCAACCCCGUGAUAUAUUCGCAUAUAUACAGAAAGGUAUUGACCACAUAUUGCAUGUUUGACCAAGUUCGGGUGGACCACGGGAGAGAAUUUUUUCUCAUGCUGGGGAUGCAGGAGUAUCUGGCAAAUAUUCGUGGUGACCAAUUAAGUUUACCUUAUCAACAAACAGAAUCGAAAAGGAAUCUACCAAUUGAAAGAUUUUGGGUUGAAGUUAAUGGUCGAGUUAAUUAUCCAAUCAAAUCAAUACUAGUCGACAUGGACAAUUCAUUGAUUAUAGACAUGGAUAACAAUAUUCAUAAGUUCUGCGUUUCUUUUGUCACCUGCAAAGUUGCAAACUUUGGGCUGCAAACAUUGGUAAGAGCCUGGAACUGUCACCCAAUACCUGGUAGAGGAGUUCCAUUGAAUAUUAAAGAGAUGACAACUCGAUAUCCUCCAGUGCAGCAGAGUAAUGUCCCAGACACCGCAACAGCUAUGCAAAUAUACAACCAAACAUAUCAAGGACGGAUUUCUGAGCCUAACCAAUUCGGUGACGAUCCUUUAAAAAACCAUCCACAGUUUUUAGCUAAUCGAAACAGAGAGUUUAAUGAAAUCUGUAAUAUUGAACAAAUUUAUAACGAUGUUGUGAACGAAAAUGAUAGAUCGUUUCGACAUGCCGUACAUUGUUUUAUUGAUAUCACUGAAAGAUACAACGCUCUUUUGUAAAAUUGUCUUGUUGCUUUCGCGCUCACUUCUGCAUUGUUAUCAGGAAAAAAUUUGAGUGGGAGAAAAAGUUUUAGUCUUCCUAGUAGGGAUUAACUUUCCAAAAAAAUAUUCAAACGAAACAUAAGAAUUUUUUUGUAAAAAGCAUUUGAAUUAAUUUUUAUCUCCUUUGACGUUUGUUACCCUGUUGUUGGUUGGGCGCACAGAAAGAUCUUGCUUAUGUACCCCCGGAUUCUGUUGCGCGAACUCGCAAGAUCAAGAGUGUUUUUAAUCUUCGCUAAAGGUCAAGAGUGUUUUUAAUCUUCGCUAAAAACACUUGCGAAAGACCUGGUUUCUAUUAACUUGAAAUCAAAAUGCUCCUUAACGAUGUUUUGGACGUAAAUAUGAAAACGAUUGCAAAAAAACCGUCGUCAGCCUGGAGUGUUUUUUAACAUUGGUUAGCCUGAAAUUUUCUUUAUUUCGUUCUCAUGCGUAAAGCAUCUUUUUUAUGGCAAACAUAUUCGCUUCCAGACUUUAAAGUUCAUGCAAAAUGCAAAAGACUGAAAAAAAGGAUCUUUUUUCAGAGAAUGUGUAAUGUACCUAAGUAUUGCCGCCACUUUAAAACAUAAGUAAAACAUAUUGUGAAGAAUAAAAUAUAUUUUGAAACAUAAAAAAUACAAGUUUUUACAAAAUUAAAAAUAUUUACACUGUGACAGAUAAAAACCGGGUCAUAAAAAACAGUGGUAAGAAGAUUUUUGCCUUCCUCUCUCCGUUUUAAGUAUAUAGUACAUAAAAUAAAAUAAAAGCUAAAAUAAAUAAGAAAUAAUUUUUUGACAUCGAACCGCCUUAAAACUAUGUAAAGAUAGUUUGAGUGAUCGAUCAUCGUCAAAUCAAUAAUGUAGAAAAAGGUAAUUUUUGAGGCUCUAUGAAGAAGGGUGCGCAAAGUCAGUAACGCUAUCAAUGUUAGUUUUGAAAAAGUAUUCAGAAAGAUUUUCAAAAGAACGAUGGUGUUUUAUAAAAUUUAAUUCGGAAAGACAGAACGUAUUUCUGCAAGCACUCCAUCAAAAUUAUUAGUUUCAAAAAUUGCGUCGAGUUCGUUGGACCUGCAAUGUGGGCAAUUUUGAUUUUCUAAAAACCAGCGAUCUACACAUUCGCCACAACCAAUUAUUCUUCUGCAGCAGGAACCCAUUUUCACCGGACUCCGGCUCAACCCACGACAUAUCAAGCACUCGAAGCUUUGUUUUGCCUUCUCACAGAUCUUUACAGAUGAUAAUGCUCGUUGUGCUGCCUCUCGUGUAUCUUGGUCCACACAAGUUAAAAUCACGCCAGAUUGGACGAGGCUGGUGAGAAAAGUUGGCGACAUUAAAAUUACUCACCAAAAUUAAUGGACUGUGUGCUUGUUCUUCGUGGCGUAAAAUAAUCAAAUGUUUCGAGAUCAUUGGCUUUUACUGCAUAAACCUUCCGAGCCGCGGCUUUCCAGAAGCUUAUUCCUGUAAGAAGAAAGUGUUCUCUUUAAAACUGUGAAGAGGAAAAACAAUUUUCAGUCCAUAUUCAAAUAUAUAUUUACACACCUCUUGUGGCUGCGGAGUCCUCGUAUCGUAAACCACCUCCUUGCACUAACACCAACGUUCGAUCUUCGAAUCGUGUUUUUGCCAUCUCCGUGAUUGCGUCGACGUUUGCUUCUGCUUCCGUUAUUGUUAUAAACGAAAUUCGUUUCUGAUUAACUGUAAAAAAGAAGAGUAUUUAUAAUUUAUGAAUGUGUAAAAUUAGAACGUUUAGUAUAGAACAAUAUCAA